AUGUCGCGCACAGUACUGAUAACAGGCUGCUCUGAUGGCGGCCUCGGCGCCGCUCUGGCCGUCGCCUUCCAUAAGCACGGCGACCGUGUGUUCGCGACAGCGCGGAACCCCGAUAAGAUGGCAUCGCUCAAACAGAUGAAUAUUGAGACCCUCCAGCUCGACGUCACGUCAGAAGACUCCAUCAAAGCAGCAGUCGAGGCAGUCUCCGAGAUAACCCACAACUCGCUCGACAUCCUGGUCAACAACGCCGGAACAGGCUACAGCACUCCGCUCCUCGAUGCAUCUGUCCCUGACGUGGCCAAACUAUUCGAUUUGAAUACGCUGUCUGUUCUGCGCGUCACACAGCUCUUCUUUCCUUUGCUUCGCAACGCGCAGGACGGGGCUCUCCUGGUCAACAACACUUCCUGCGCAAGCGCCAUGCCUGUGCCGCUUCAAGGGCCGUACAGCAUGUCCAAGGCCGCCACGGCAUCCAUGUCCGAUGUCCUACGCCAGGAACUUCGGCCUUUCAAUAUACAAGUUGUCGAUCUCAAGACGGGCACCGUCCAUUCGAAUUUCUUUGCGAACACAACCUCCUCGGGCUCCUCUCAGGGCGGCAAAAUACAUCUACCGGAAAGCUCUCUGUACGUGCCUGGGAAGGAACAGGUGGAGAAGUUCAUGCGCACUGAUAUUGACAUGACGGCCAUACCCGCCGAUCAGUGGGCCGCAGCGAUCGUGAGGGAUCUGUCAAGGAAGAAUCCGCCGCUUCAUGUCUGGCGUGGGGGAAACGCCUUUCAAGUAUGGCUUGCAACGUUUUUGCCUGUAGGAAUGAUGGAUAGGAUGAUGAGGAAGAUGACUGGCCUGGAUCUGGUGGAGAAGUACUAUCGCGGGUCGAGGGAUCGGGAGCAAAAGACAAAGUAG